AUGGCUCGGUUCGGGUCGCAGACCAGUACCUAUAAUAGGCUGGUGACUAUCUUUGUUGCCAUUGGGUCUAUGACCUACGGUUAUUGUGCUUCUAUCAUCUCCAGUACGAUCGGUCAGCCAGGAUGGUAUACCUAUUUCAACCUUCCUGCUGAAGGCAAGCCUGGAUAUGACACGAUCACGACUCCCGUCAUCUCUACUGCAAAUGGUGUUUUCAGCGCUGGUGGUGCUGUCGGCACACUGUUCAUUAUGUGGUCCUGUGAUUUCUUCGGUCGCAAAGCGAACAUUCAGUUUGGUGCCUUUUUCUCGAUGUUCGGAGGCGCACUGCAGGGUGGUGCCAACUCAAUUGAAAUGUUCCAAGCAGGUCGCUUUAUCUGCGGUCUUGGAAUCGGUAUUCUAGUCACUGUCUGCCCUAUGUACCUCUCGGAGAUGUCGAGCGCCCAGCGUCGCGGUUGGCUAGUCGGUCACCAUGCCAUCUUCCUUGUUUUCGGAUACAUGCUUGCUGGCUGGGUUGGGUUCGCGUGCUACUACGCGGAGAGCACCAUUCCUGCCUUCGGUUGGAGAUUCCCUCUGGCUCUGCAGUGUCUGCCGGCGUUGGUUCUACUUAUCGGUUCUCCUUGGCUGCCGCGCUCCCCUCGUUGGUUGAUUUCGAAGGGCAAAUUUGACGAGGCCGAGCUUGUGCUUCAGCGACUUCGUCAAACUCCCGAUGAUCCCGACAAUCUAGUCGCCAAGGAGGAGUUCUAUCAGACCAAGGAGCAGAUUCAACUUGAGGCAGAGAAGCUGGCGGCCUACGGCAGUGUCUGGAAGGCUGUUGUCAAGAAGCCUUCCUACCGGAAGCGCAUGAUCAUUGGUUUCCUUACUCAGUGGGGUGCCGAAUUUGGCGGCCCUCUCAUCAUCAACAACUAUGCCGUUCUUCUGUACACCAAUCUCGGCAUGGAAGGCAGUAUGCCUCUGCUGCUAAGUGCUGUUUGGCUGACAACCGCCGGUGUAAUUUACAACCCCCUGGGUGCUUGGCUUCACGACAAAGUCAACUCUCGACGUGGUAUGUAUAUGACCGGUUUCGCUGGUAUCAUUGUUAGCACAUCUUGCCUUGCUGCUAUGACAGCACAGUAUGCUGGCACGACCAACAAGGUUGGAAACGGUUUCGGUAUCUUCUUUAUCUACCUCUAUCUGGCCUUCCAAGGUACAUGCUGUGACACUACCAUGUAUCUCUACGUUUCCGAGAUCUUCCCUACCGAAAUCCGCCCCAUCGGCAUGGGUUUCUCGUUGUUCGGCCAGUUUGCCGCUACACUCAUUCUUUUGGAAACGGCACCUAUGGGUUUCGCCAAUGUUGGCUGGAAAUACUAUCUGGUCAUCAUUUGCUGGUCUGCUUUCUUCAUUCCCGUGAUCUACUUCUUCUGGCCCGAGACUGCCCGCCUUACCCUCGAGGAAAUCGCCCAGAACUUCGGCGAAGAAGUUGCCGUGAAGAUCACCGAUGCGACCGACGAAGAAAAGGCUAAGAUCGAUCGCCAAAUUGCCCAUCCCGAUGGUGUUCUUCCUCCCUCCGAGAGCUCCGGCUCUGCAAAGGAUGUCGAGAAAGAGGGUGUCGUUACCGGUCAGAACGAUGCUCAAGCUUAA